AUGUCGUCCACAACGUCCAUAGCAACCAGCUCGACCUCCGCCGCGACCAGCACUUCCACCAGUGACAGCGGCGGUGGAGGAGGCCCCAGCAGUUCUCCAUUGCUCUUCUUUGUUGCCCUUGGGUUUGGCGUUGUUUUCACAAACUUAUGGAUCAUCGUCGGUGUGAAAUAUUGCUUUCGAUACAACCAAAGAAACAGACAAUUACGAAAUGAAGAAACGGGAGAGCCUAUCGAUCUUACGGCUGUUCCUCGAACACAUCGCAGAAGAAGGGAAAAGAAAUUGAUGUCCAUGGAAGAUGUGAAUGAAAGAUUCCCCUUAAUGAAAUACAAAGCAUGGCGUUCUUCUCGCGCAGACAGAGGUCUUCCAAGUGAGGGAGGAAUUGCUGCGCCUGGUAACAGACCCGAAACUCCAAAGGCUGGCGAAAGUGAACACAACCCAUCCGCUACUGCGCAGCACGUGGAAGCCUAUGCGCCCAAAGGCCACGAUCGAACAGAUUCUGUUAUUAGCGAACCAUCCAGUCCUGUGGCUGAACAAAUUAGUAUGGUUACAGAGUCGAAAGAAGUUACGACUACCGAAGUUCAGCCAAAUAGCGCGACUACCGAUGUGGCUAGCGCCAUACACCCCCAACAUGAAGAAGAAAUGCAUGGUGAAGAAAUGCAUGAUGAAAAUGAUGAUCCCAUCCAAGGAGCAGUUCCGGCAGAACUAUUGCCUAGUCCUGGUGACUCUUGUGCAAUCUGUCUUGACCUCAUUGAAGAUGAUGAUGAUGUCCGGGGUCUCACAUGUGGUCACGCUUUCCAUGCUUCAUGUCUCGAUCCUUGGUUGACCAGCCGUCGAGCCUGUUGCCCUCUGUGUAAGGCUGACUAUUACGUUCCUAAACCACGGCCUGAGGGACAAGAUGCAAUUCUAGAAAAUGCCAGAGCAGGAGGACGUCGCACAACAGGCCGAACCGCUGCUGCACUCAGACCCCCACAGCCAGCAUUCAGCGUUGAUCGCAUCAACCCGUUUAGAACAAGAUUUUAUUUCGCCCAUCGUGCACCAUUGACAGUUCCACCCACAGAGGAGUCAGACCCGAGGCCUGCUAGUAGAGCCCAACCAUCACCAAAUGUACCUGUCAGUGAACCAGCUCGUGCCAGGCGAUCCCCCGCAUGGGUACCGAGGCUUGCCUUCUGGCGCACAUCAAACCCUCAACCACCACCUCAAACUACCGAAGUUCGUACACCUGGUCAACUGGAAGCUGGCACAACUUCACAGGUGCAAUAA